GUGAAGUGCACAACAAAUACAAUAUAAUAGAAGGGAAAUUAAUACCAUUAUUUAAUUUUCCCGACCUAUUAAAGGGGAUCAGAAACAACAUGUUGAAUUAUUAUGUGCAUUUCACCUGGAACAAUGGACGAGAAAUGGCUAGCUGGCCACAUAUAGAAAAACUUUAUGAAAUGGAUGAUGGUGAUGAGGGUUUCAAGAUGAUCAAAAAGCUGGCUGAUGAACAUGUGUUGAAAAAGAAAAUUAAGAAAAUGAAGGUGAAAAAUGCAGCCCAGGUUUUUUAUUACCAAGUUCAAGAUGUUAUGAGAGGCUUAAUAAAAAACGGAAACACUAAUCUACCACCUGCUGCCAUUGGAACAGCAAAACUCUUUUUGUUUAUGAAUAAGCUUGUAACAAAUGCAAGAUUUGAUUAAAAGACAAAAUAGUAAUUUUGGUUUCCUUCAACGUUUUGACCGUUACAAG